ACAGCAGUGCUGCCAGAGAGGACAGUAUCCACAGAAUUAUCAGGACUUCUCUUCUGCCCUUCGCAAAGCAAGAUCCCAAGCUGUGUCAGACUAACCGAGUCAAGAGCUGAGGAUGUGCAAGCAUCCGGGAAUUUACUGCUCAGGGAGGUCGCCGUCCCUGGAGGUUUCCAAGGAACAGCUGGACGUGGCACUCGGUGCUCUGGGCUGGGUGACAAGGUGGGGAUCGGUCGUGGGUGGCACUCGGUGGUCUCGGAGGUGUUUUCUAAGCUCAGCGAUUCCAUGAUUCUCGGAUUUCCAUAUUCCAAAAAAGGGCUGUCUGCACUUGUCCAGCUCUAAGCCUGCUGCUCUGCCCUUGCCAGGCGGCGCUGCCAACACAAUAAACUAGCAAAAGUCAUCGCAUGGUGCUCCUAGGUGUUUAUUUCUGGAAUAAAUGUGAAAACGUGCCCUAUGGGCACAUGCAACAGGUCCCAUUAUGGGUGUGCAUGGGGACAAUUAAGUGGUGAAAGCUCUUGCGUUGGCUGGGUGAAUGAACAAGUGAAAUAAAGGAGUAAGAAUUCCUCCUGGCACUUUGGAUGAUGAAUUGUGAAGGUAGCUGUAGCAAAUUCCUUCUUCCCAUUGCUAGAGAAUGCCGGGAGAAGGAGUGCUGGGGGAUUCAUUGCAGGCUGCUGGUUUUCAGAGGCAUUCUGGAACUCUCAAAUCCAUGGGGGAGAAAAAGCACUGCCCAGAGCCCCUUAAGGCUUGGUCUUGAUCUUGGAGCCCUUUCCCAAAGUCAGCGAUCAGACUGGGUGGUCUCCAGUGGCAGGGAUCACAAAGCGCAGCCCCGUUUGUCCGCAGAUCCGCACCUCGGGGGUGCGGGGGAGCUUUCGGGCCCGGAGCGCUGCCGGCCCCGCCCCGGCCCGUCAUCGGGCGGCGCCGCGGCUCUCCCGUUGCCCGGUGACCAUGGCGGAGCGGCGGGCGCGGGGGCCGCUGCAGCGGGUGCAGCGCCGGAGCCGGGAGCUGCGGGAGCAGGUGGAGGCGCUGCGGGCGGAGAGCGCGGCCGCAGCCCCCGGGCAGCGGGAGCCCCUUCGGCUGAGAUGUACACAGCUGAAGGAAUUGGUGGAGGAGAACACAAAAGCUCUCCAUGCUUUGAAAAAAGCUGAUGAGCCUGCGCCGGUGGGGAAUUACAGCCAGAGGAAGGAAGAAGAAGAAAAGCUGUUGCUAAGACUCUCCCAGCAGCUGCAGAAACUCCUUCUUGUCUUGGAUCAGGAUAAUGUGACAAAGAAUUACCCAGGGGGUGAGGGACACCAGAAAAGCCCUCAUGCAGAAGAGGGAAAUGAAGAAGAGGAGGAGAGUGAAGAUGAAGAAAGUGAGGAGGAAGACACUGAAGAAGAUGAGGAGAAGUUGUUGGAUGAUCCAAAUGUUAGAGAAUGUGUUACUGUUGGGAACUUUGAUGCCCAGCAGGAAGGGGAUCUCACAUUUGUGAAAGGUGAAAUCCUGCUCAUACAUGACAAGAAGGAGGAUGGCUGGUGGGUAGCUGAAAAUUCCAAGGGGGACAGAGGCCUCGUUCCCAGGACUUACCUUGCGGUUCCUAAGGAAGAGGAAGAAAGCCAGGAGGAGUCAGAAGAACACUUAGAAGUGGUGGAUGAAACAGCAGAUGGAACUGAAAUUAAAAAAAGAACAGAUUCCCACUGGAAUGCUGUCCGAGCCAUUGCAGAGAAUGACACUGUGGAGGUGCUGACCACCUCAGGGGCAGUUCCUGCAGGAUUCCGCCCGUCCAUGCUUUUCCAGCUCUUGGAGGAAGGUGAAGAGUUUCGAGCAAGUUACUAUUUGCAGCCCAAGCUUACUCCAUCCCAGCUGGCUUUCAAAGACUUGGUGUGGAACUCUGAGAGGAAUACUAUCCAUGCUAGGCCCACCAGAGUGUCCCUGAUUGUCACUUUGUGCAGCUGCAAGAUGAUCCCUCUCCCUGGAAGCGGCGUGCGGGUGCUCAGCCGGCACGUCCGGCUCUGCCUCUUCGAUGGCAGCCGGGUGUUGAGUAACAUUCACACAGUGAGAGCCACGUGGCUGCCUAAAAAUCCUCAAACUUGGACCUUUUCUCCAAGGGUGAUGGGCAUCUUACCCAGCUUGCUUGAUGGUGACUGUUUUGUCAGGUCCAGCUCCUUAUCUCCAGACAUUGGGAUCUUGUUUGAGCUUGGCAUCACAUACAAGUGCAAUUCAACAGGUGAAAGAGGAGAGCUGAGCUGUGGCUGGGCCUUUCUGAAGCUUUUCACUUCCAGUGGGAUUCCUGUUCCUUCCAAGAUGCAUGAGCUGGUCCUGAGUGGUGGAACUCCCUAUGAGAGAGGCGUUGAGGUUGACCCAUCAAUAUCAAGGAGAGCAGGCUCAGGGGUUUUUCAGCAGUUUAUGAGCCUGAGGAAGCAGCCUGUGCUUCUGGUGAAAGUGAAGUCCCCGAGUGUGCACUCAAAAGACAUCCUGAAUUUUCUCCCUGAAACAUUAGUUGGGGGCAUGUGCUACAUCCACCUCCUGGUGUUUUAUCGGCAGAUCCUUGGAGAUGCCCUCCUGAAGGACAGGGUGAGCAUGCAAAGCACAGACUUAAUCUGUAAUCCUGUUCUAGCAACUUUCCCUCAACUCCUGGAUCAGCCAGACCUGAUGGAUGCACUUCGGAGUGCCUGGGCAGACAAAGAAAGAACGCUGAAGAGAAUUGAGAAGAGAGAUCAAGAAUUCCUGAAGUCUGCGUUUGUCCUGGUGUACCACGACUCUGUGCUCCCUCUGCUCUGCUCCACCUUCCUCCCCAGCUACAGAUGGGCUGAGGAAGAGGUGGAAUUGUCUCGCUGGAAGGUGAUCCAUGACUUCCUGAAAAGGAGCCAGGAGAAGGAUGGUGCCCUGGAGUACCUGCUGUCAUCAGAAAACACCCACAGAGCCUUUGACAUCUCAGAGCUGGCCUAUGAUUUCUUAGGAGAGGUGAGGGAAAACAACCCUGGAGAAUGAACAAUUCAGGCUCUCUAAGGUUGUGGUAACAAUAAAAUUAAAUUCUUACCAAAGAGAUUGUAUAGGAGCUGAAUUGUAAUGGAUAUUUUAGCACAAUUAAGAUUUUGAGAGAGAUUAAAAUUAUUUUAUUUAUCUACUGGAAAUUGUAUUUUAAAUUUUUUUUGCAGCAUUAAAUGAGGUUCUGGUUGCCUGUUACUACCUGCUGUAGCCAUGUCAGGUGUCAUAUUUUGCCAAAGUUGAGGUAGCCCUUUUCUCCUCUCCUGCAGCUUCCAAUUAAUUUCCAGUGUUGUUUUUAUCAGGGUGAACAAAAGACUCUUUGUCCCAGUCCCCCAGCAGCCUGGGAGCAGGGAAGGGAAA